AUGGCACACCUGAAUCACCAGAGAUGUAUCGUCACAGUAGAUUGUAUCCCGACACCGUCUUAUCUAGGAAGCUAUCUGAAUUUUUCUUCACGAAUAAGAAUCAAGCACAUCUCAUCUCGUCCAACAUCACGGAUUGCCCGUGUAUCCUUCCUCCGUCUCAGAGCUCCCAGCGAUCAUCACGGGCGCAAAUGGGAUCUCGGGAAACUACAUGCUACGGGUGCUUGCGGAAGCGUCAGAGCGAUGGAAGAUGAUACACUGCCUUUCCCGGCGCCCACCAGCGAUUCCUGA